AUGCGUCGCGUUGGACCCGAGAGUCGUGGCUCUCAUCAUCCUGAGUUAAAGGUUCCUUUUGUCUCAAUACUUCUCGGAGCUUCCCCUGCUUUCCCUAUAGAGGUGUCAUUAGAGUACUCCCCUACACCAGCUCAGCAGUUUCCAGCCUCCCUGGCAUAUGCUCCUUUACCACCUGAGGACCCGAACGAGGAUCCCGACGAAGAUCCCGAAGAAGACCCAAAGGAAUCGUUUGACUUAGGGCUUGGAUACGACAUUGGAUGCAGAAAGGGAGUAGGCAGACUCAAAAAGGACUUUGAUGAUGAAAACGAAGAAAUGGGGUCAGUCCUUUGGGUUUCAGGCCCGAAUGCUCAAGUUAUUGGCAGACAAAGGCCAUGGACGAACAAGUCAGGAGGGGCAACAGGAGAAAACCGAAAGGUUGGACCAACUGGUAAUCAAAAAGCCACAGGCAGAGUUUUUGCUCUUCAAGAGAAAGAUGAUGAAGAUCCAUUAGUAAUUAGAGGUAACAUUGUACUCUAUAAUUCUUGGGUUCACGUUCUAUUCGAUUAUGGCGCAUCAUAUUCUUUUAUAUCAACAUCGUGUGUUAAAUCAUUAGGUCUUGAAUGUGAUCCUUUAGAAACUAUUUUAUGUGUUGCAUCACCCUUGGGAGGAAAUAUUAGGGUAAGAUUAAUCUGUCGAGGGUGUGAAUUAGAAGUGUCAGGGUUACACUUGAGUUGCAACCUUCGGGUCAUGAACAUGUCCGAUUUUGACAUAAUCUUGGGUAUGGAUUGGUUAUUCGCCCACCGAACAGUGAUUGAUUGCUACCACAAGAGGGUGACGGUUUGCACACCUAGUGGAACGUGUUUCCAAUUUAAGAGGGAUAGAGAGGAUUCCCUGAGCACGACAAAUCGUAAAAUGCAGUGGCAUCAACAAUUUGCUAGAUGGUUAGCAAGUUUGAUCAUUAAUGAAGAAGUCCAAUCAGAAUUAAAUCUUCCGCGUGUAGUUUGUGAAUACACUGAUGUUUUUCCUGAGGAAUUGCCAGGAUUACCGCCACAUCGUGAUGUAGAUUUUAGUAUUGAGUUACAAGCGGGUACUGCACCAAUAUCCCUGACGCUCCACCGUAUGGCUCCUGCCGAACUUCAGGAAUUAAAGACGCAACUGCAAGAAUUACUGGAAAAGGGAUUUAUCCGACCAAGUACCUCACCGUGGGGAGCACCAGUUCUAUUUGCAAAGAAAAAGGACGGAACACUAAGAUUAUGCAUAGAUUAUCGACAACUCAAUCGGGAUGAUGAUCAAGAACCGAUAUCCACUUCCACGGAUUGA